AUGGCUAAAUGGGGUGAAGGUGAUCCGCGAUGGAUUGUGGAGGAACGUCCAGAUGCUGUUAAUGUCAACAACUGGCAUUGGACAGAGAAGAAUGCAACACCUUGGUCGAAACAGCGCCUAAAAGAACUACUAGAAGGGCAGAAGUAUGAAAAUGGUUCGACUGUCGUCAUAUUUAAGGAACUCAAAAAAUUAGACGGUGAGGCGACAGCAAACAACCGGAAAGCUAAAUUAAUUUUCCUCUUCGAGUGGUUCAUUGAAUUAACUUUUGAAGUGAAAAUUGCUGGUUCGGAUAUCGAUUAUGAAGGACAUAUUGAAAUACCAAAUUUGAGCGAUGAAAAUGAAGCUAAUGAAGUUGAUGUAACUCCGUCAAUCACUACCACCGGACCUCAUGAAGAUCGAAUAAGACACCUUCUGAAUAAUGAAGUGGCUGCAUUCUUACGUCAACAAUUAGCUGUUUAUAUUCGAGAAUUGAAAGAAGAAUUCAGCAAAGGUUUAAUAUUACCAACUGACCGUGCAAAACCACAGGUAACCAGUGCUGACAGUGAUCUUACGAAGUCUGCGCCGGUCAGCGUCGAUGUUAAAAGCUUAUCAUUUACGGAGUCAUUUAAAGUUCAGCCAGAUCAGUUGUGGGAAGUACUUACAGAAACUGAGAUGGUAAAAAAAUGGUCGAACAACGACGCAAAGCUUGAUCUCAAACCUCAAGGCGCUUUUACAUUAUUUGGUGGCAUGGUUACGGGUGAAUUCGUUAAAAUUGAACCAUGUAAGGAACUUACAAUGAAAUGGCGCUUAAAAACUUAUCCAUCAGGAUGUUUUGCAAGUGUUACCUUCAGAUUGAAGGAUGAGAGGGAUAGUACAACACUAGCAGUGGAUGUAACAGGCAUCCCAUCGACGGAAUAUGAUGCUACUGAGAACGUGUCAAAACUUGAAAGUUUUUAUGUGGCUCUUUCGUAUGUUUAUACAGGAGAUGGAUAUAAAUCUGUUGUUCAAAUUUAUGUCAGUAAAGGUAUCGCGGUUGUUUUUUAUUAUGGUUAUUCAGUAAUGGUGAUACGAAUUUCGAAGCUGGUUCAUUUGGCUCUGUCUCAGUCUUUUGAUGAAAUUUUUCUGCGCAUUCAGGAUGGUGCAAAGCAAUGCAUUAAAAAGCGGGGAUUGUAUUAA